CGGCGCGGCGUGCAGGCGGGCGCAGGCGGCGGGGCUUACGCGAACGCCCCGAGACCCGACCUCCCGACGAGCCCAGUCACCUGCCUGCCCGACCUCCCCGCCAUGGAGAAGCCCGGCACUCCGUCCUCGGAACAAAGUGACAAGGCCAAGAAAUACGACCGGCAGUUGAGGCUUUGGGGUGACCAUGGCCAAGCUUCACUGGAGUGUGCAAACAUCUGCCUCAUCAAUGCCAGUGCCACAGGAACAGAAACACUGAAGUCUCUGGUCCUGCCGGGUGUGGGAGCCAUAACCAUUGUAGAUGAUGCAAAAGUCACACCAAAGGACAUUGGCAACAACUUCUUUGUGGAUGGAGAAAGUAUAGGACGUCCUCGUGGAGAAGUUGCCCUGCAUCUCUUGCUAGAACUCAACCCAGAUGUGCGAGGGACCUUUGUGGACCAGGCUGUUGAUGAAAUCCUCGAUAAUCAGCCUGAUUUUUUCACUCCAUUCACUUGUGUCGUUGCAACAUGUCUGCCAGAAAGUACGCUCUUGUCUCUCUCAAAAGUAUUAUGGGAUGCCAGUAUUCCAUUGUUGGUGGUGAGAAGUUAUGGUAUGAUUGGAUACAUUAGAGUCCAGAUAGAAGAGCAUACUGUUAUUGAAAGUCACCCUGACAAUGAAAUGCCUGACCUUCGUCUGGACAGACCUUUCCCCGCCUUGCAGAAAUACAUGGACAGUCUCGACCUGGAGACAAUGGAUUCCAAAGAACACUCUCAUGUUCCAUAUGUUGUUAUACUCUACAAGACACUUCAGCAGUGGAAUCAGCGAUAUGGAGCUCCACCAAAGAAUUAUAGGGAGAAGAAAGAUUUCAUUCAGCUUGUCAAAGAAGGUAUGAGAGAAAAAGAGAGUGGGGAAACAGAGGAGAAUUUUGAAGAAGCGAUGAAGGCAGUAAACACAUCGUUGAUGCCCACACGGAUUCCUUCGGGUGUGGAGUCUAUCCUAAAUGAGGCUGCCUCAAAUACCCUCACUCCCUCCACGCGACCCUUUUGGAUAUUGGCAAAAGCACUGCAUGAAUUUGUGACUUCAGAAGGUCGUGGAGCGUUGCCUGUAAGGGGGACCAUUCCAGAUAUGACAGCCGACUCAGAAAAAUAUAUCAAGAUUCAGAAUUUAUAUCGGGAGCAGGCAGCACAGGAUGCAGAUUGGGUCUUAAGAAGAGUGCAGGAGCUAAGUCAGCAACUAGGGCCAAGAAAAGUCAUGAUAACUGAAAGUGAUGUGAAGGCAUUCUGUAAAAAUGCCCAUGCACUGCGAGUUCUCAAGGGAAAAUCUAUUGCUGAUGAAUACAAAGGCAGUAUCAAUCUUGGGGAUAUUGGUGCUCACUUAGAGAACCCAGAAAGUGAACUUGUUUGGUAUGUGAUGCUUCGUGCAGUAGACCAGUUCCACUCUGAAUUCCGAGCUUAUCCAGGGUACUUCCAAGAUCAAGUUGAAACAGAUAUUGUGCGUCUUAAGGUUUGUGUAAACAGGCUUUUGGCAGACUGGGGCUGUGGGCCAAUCAUCAAAGACGACUUCAUUCACGAGAUGUGUAGAUAUGGUGCGGCAGAAGUGCAUUCCAUUGCUGCUUAUAUUGGAGGCUGUGCUGCCCAUGAGGCUGUUAAAAUCAUCACAGCACAAUAUGUGCCAAUACAUAAUACUCACAUUUACAAUGCUAUAACAGCAACCUCAGCAACAUUUACACUGUGAUAAGACUCAUUUUAUUUAUAUUAUUUUCCUGUAUUUAUUAUUCAGUUACCAUAAAUAUUUGAAUCCAAAAAAGAAAAUCCUUAAUAUAUGUGCACGCCCAAAAAAUUUUUGCAGAUAAUUUUUAGUCUGUUACAUACUUUCAGUAAAUAGAUGGAAUGUGAAAAAUUGGCUUUUCUUUCAUAAGAAUGUCAGCAGGUGUUAAAGAUUUGGUGGUCAUUUGCAUCUUUAACUCCAUUUUCAGUAUUUUUAAGUUUAGGUAAUUCAAUUUUGCCUCUUACUUACAAAACCUGCAUCUGAUUUCUAUAUCAUGUUGAUUGUUCAAUAAAUGCUGUGUGCUUUAUGUUUCAAGUAUGCAGCUAGGCAAUCAUAAAAUUUUUCAUUGUUUUUUCUUCUUUUCCUUCCUUGAAGCCCAUGUCUGUCUUUCUGUUCAGUUAAUUUAAGAAUAAGUAAUAGAGUAAAAUAAAGAUGUUAUUCAGGAAAUAGUUAAUGAGCUGCUAGGACCCGCAACAUUCUGUGAACAUGUCUGCACAGGCCCAUUCAUUGCUUUUAAGUGUUAAAACUUUUUUGUUAAAGCAUUUUUAUAUGCACAUUUGCAUUUACAGUAUGUCUUCUGCUAAUUACAUUGUAAAUGUUGCAUAAUUUUAUUCUGCACAGUAAAUCACUUUGCUGAAAAAAAUGGAAUGAGACAUAUUCUUACACAUAUGUGUAUUUCCCUUUGUGUGACUGUAUGCAUGUAGAGAGAGAUAUAUGAGAAUAGACAUGUUUCUAUGCAGAGAAAGGGGUUCUGUUGAUAUUAACAUAUGCGGAAGUAUGAGAGGGAAAGAACAAAUCACCUCAGCAGGGCCACAUAGAAUGAAUGAAAUCAUUUUUGGAUACUGACAUUUGAACCAUAAAUUAUAGGUAAAACUGUACAAGUUAACCAGAUUGUAACAGGAAGCUAUUUCUCUGAAAGGCUAUUUUAUAAAUACUAUUAUAUUAAUAAAGUGUACAUAGAGGUAUUGAAAUCUCCUAGCCUAAGGAUUUGUAGUUAUGUUGUUUUGUGUCACUGACACCAGCACCUACAGUGUAUAUACUAAAAAAAACAUUAGGAAAGGUCAGAAAAUAUUUGUAAAUGUGUUACCAAACACAAAAUCACCUUUAAUAAAUUGAAUCACAGAU